AUGCAGCCAACAGAACAAAGGUAUUCUAGGAUAGAACAGCUAGCCCUAACACUUGUGGUCACAGCAAGAAGACUAAGACACUACUUCCAAAGCCACACAAUAAUAGUAAGGACAAACCACCCACUAAGACAAAUAUUGACAAAACCAGAACUCGCCGGACGCCUAACCAAAUGGUCGAUCGAGCUCUCAGAAUUUGACAUUCAGUUUCAGCCUAGAUCGGCCCUUAAAGUACAGAUCCCCGCCGACUUCAUCACGGAACUGACACCUGAUGAACAUAACAAAACAUGGGAAUUACAUGUGGACGGAGCGUCAAGCCGAGAAGGAAGCGGAGCCGGGAUAAUCCUGAAAGAAGGAGAUGAAGUAGUAGCCGAACAAGCCCUCCAGUUCCACUUCUCGGCAAGCAACAACCAGGCCGAGUAUGAGGCCCUCAUAGCAGGACUUAAGCUCGCCCUAAGCCACCAAGUACAAAGCCUGACAACAUAUUGCGACUCCCUCCUGGUGGUCCAACAGAUCCGAGGAGAAUUCCAGGUAAAAGAUCCUUUGCUAGAACAAUACUGGCUCAUAGUAAAGGAUCUCAUUUCAAAAUUUAGCUCAUUUACUAUACUACAUGUGCAUAGAGAACAAAAUGUUAGGGCGGACAUAUUAUCCAAACUUGCCGCCACUAGGGCGGAUACACAAACAUCAGUAUUAUCACAACUUACACUUACAAAGCCUAGCAUUGAACUAUUAUGCAUAGAAAACAUUAACCACCUCCAUGAUUGGAGAACAACUCUUCUUGAUUACAUAAGUACAGGCACCAUACCAGGGAGUGAGCUCAACCCACAACAGUUCAGACAUAAAGCGAGCUUCUAUACAAAGAUAGCAGGAGAACUGUACAGGCGCGGUUUCUCACAACCAUUGCUAAAAUGCUUAAGCAAAGACGAAGCAAGAGAGGUAAUGGACGAAGUUCACGAGGGUGUUUGCAGAAAUCACAUAAGAGGAAGAGCCUUCGCCGCUAAGAUAUCCCGAACAGGAUAUUACUGGCCGACCAUAAAGAGAGAUUGCAUAGCAAAAGUCAAGGCAUGUGACAAAUGCCAAAAACAUGAAGCCAUCUCCACAAAACCGGCCGAGGUGUUGCACAGCAUGGAGCAUCAUUUUAGCUCGGUCGAACAUCCACAAACUAAUGGGCAGGCCGAAGCUGCUAACCGAGUUGUAUUGCAGGCAAUAAAGAGAAAGCUUGAUAAUGCAAAGGGAGAAUGGGCCGAGCUAAUCCCGGAAAUAUUGUGGAGCUACAACACCACAGUACACAACACCAUGGGCGAAACACCCUUCAAGUUAGUUUAUGGCUCAGAAGCAUUAAUCCCCGUGGAAAUCGGAGUGCCGACAUUAAGAGCCGAGCUAUACAGCGAACAACAUAACAUAAGCACCAGAAAGGUCGAGCUUGACAUGGCCGAAGAAGACAGAGAAAUUGCCGCAAUCAGACAAAGAGCCCAGAAACAACUGAAAGAGAGAAAGCACAAUAAGAGAGUAGUGCCGAGAACAUUCAGCGAAGGCGACCUAGUACUCAGACGAACAGAAGAAGCCAGACGACCUCAUUCACAUGGCAAGCUCGCCGCAAAUUGGGAAGGACCGUUCCGAGUAUCAAAAGUAGUCGGAAUGGGCGCUUACCAACUUCAAACACUACAAGGCAAUCCGAUCCCAAGAAAUUGGAACAUUUCCUCUUUAAAGAUGUAUACAUCUUAA